GGCCACAGCGGUAAAGAGACAGAGAGGAGAAGCAGAGACAUAGAGGCAAUAUUUAGAGUGUGUGAGUGUUUGUGUGCGUGUGUGUGUGUGCAUUUAUGUAGCAGUUAUUACCUUCCAGCUUCUGAACCAAUCAAGAGCCACCACAGAGAGAGAUAGAGAGGGAGGAAGCCCAUUUACAUUCUCAGUCUAUUCCCAGGCACAGAGUUGUGCAGGGUGAAAACAGAUGGACAAGAUGAACCACAGCUCAGCUGAGGCAGAGGCUGAAACCAUAGAACCACUGCGUUACCUCAGUAAAGGGGAGGCGGCAGCUAUUGAGACUGAGCUACUGAGGGACUACAGGUUUGGACAACAGCAGCUGAUUGAGAUUUGGGGACAAGCAUGCGCCCAAGCCAUCACUAAGGCCUACCCUCUCAGCUCUCUAGCAAAGAAGCAGCCAACGGUGCUGGUGAUCUGCGGUCCGGAUCAAAACGGCUCCAUCGGCUUGGUGUGUGCCCGGCACCUGCGCAUAUAUGAAUAUGAGCCUACCAUCUACCAUCCUAAACGCUCCUCUCAAAGUCUUCACCAGGACUUUACAAUUCAGUGUGAGAAGAUGGACAUCCCUUUCCUCUCCUAUCUUCCCACAGAGGUGCAGCUCAUUAACGAUGCCUACAACCUAGUAAUUGAUGCCAUGCUGGGCCCAGAUGCAGACUGUGCCAAUAUUAAGGAGCCCUACCCUGGCAUUCUGGUCACCCUGAAACAAGUCAAGAUCCCCAUUGCCAGUGUGGAUGUGCCCUCAGGAUGGGACGUAGAAGAACCAAGUCAGGAUGGCAUUAACCCAGAAGUUCUCAUCUCACUCACAGCGCCAAAGAAGUGCGCCAUGAGUUUCUCGGGGAAGCAUUUCUUGGCUGGACGCUUCCUGCCCUAUGACAUCCAGAAAAAAUACGAGCUUAACCUCCCAGAUUACCCUGGCACAGACUGUCUUAUAGAAUUGUAACAUAUGGGGAACAUAAGAGCCAGUGUGGCCGCUGUUCAUUUUCAAAAACGUACAUUUGAUCUAUUGUCUUGUUUUGUAUUUUAUAGAUUUAAUGUUAACAGCUCAGUUGUGUAGAUCAGGCUACAAGUUAGCCAAAUAUGCUGUUGAGUAUAAGGAUAAUAUUUAGAAGAUGUGGUUUCUUUUUAGGGAAUGGCAUGAGGAAUUUUUGUGUCAGUCUACUUUUAAAAACUGUAGCAUUACACUGUUUUCUGAUUACUUUGCAAAAGACAGAAAUAUCUUUUUCCACAGUCAGAAAAGGGAGAAGAUAUUUCUGUGAAGCCAACCACAUGGAACAUUUUUUUCGUCUUCACAAAAUGUUCAUGUCUUCUGUUUGACUUUCUACUGAAGAUGAGAUGAGAUGUUGUGUAGUUUGGCCAUUUAGAAUUUUCUGUUAAUGUGUUUUUGGUUAGUUUUGUCCGCCCGCAAUUCUACAUUAAUUUGGUUUCAGUUACUUCAUUAGCUGUUAAAAAAGGCCCAGACAGUCGUUGUCCAAUAAAAAAUGUCCUUUUUAAGGAUUCAA